ACCAUUAAGGAUGCAAAGGUGCGCGAGCUGCUGGAUGUCAGCCUGCUGGCGGGGAAGAUGGAGAAUAGGAUGCUGACGGUGGUGAGCGGCACUGACAUGGUCAACAUCACCUACCUGAACUUUAUAGCCCUUCAGGAGGAGAUUGCAAAGGAAUGGGCAGAAGAACUGUUCAACCUGGCAUCUAACCUCUUGGUACAAAACAUGUCCAGAGAGGCCUGCCUUGACAAAGCAUACACUCGGCUAAAGUUACAACUCAACCCUGAGGGAAGAAUUCCUGUCAAGAAUAUCUUCAGGAUGUUCUCAGCAGACAGGAAGCGAGUGGAGACAGCACUGGAAAACUGUAACCUCCCUUCUGGCAGAAGUGACUCAAUCCCCCAAGAGGACUUCACUCCAGAGGUCUACAGCCAGUUUCUGAGCAACAUCUGCGUUCGACCCGAGUUGGACCACAUUUUUUCUGAAAUUGGGGCUAAGAGUCGCCCAUACCUCACAGUGGAGCAGAUGACAGAGUUCAUUAACAACAAACAAAGAGACCCUCGUCUGAACGAGAUCCUCUAUCCCCCACUCAAACCAGAACAGGUUCAGCUGCUGGUGGACAAGUAUGAACCCAAUGCUUCUCUGGCAGAGAAAGGCCAAAUAUCUGUGGAGGGCUUUGCUCGGUAUCUAAAUGGGGAAGAGAACACCAUCAUUCCCCCUGAGAAGUUGGACCAGAGUGAAGACAUGACCUUUCCCCUCUCACACUAUUUCAUCAACUCCUCCCACAACACAUACCUCACAGCGGGCCAGCUAGCAGGCAACUCCUCAGUUGAGAUGUACAAACAGGUCCUCCUGUCCGGGUGCCGCUGCAUUGAACUGGACUGCUGGAAGGGUCGCACCACUGAAGAAGAGCCGGUGAUCACCCAUGGCUUCACAAUGACAACUGAAAUCUCCUUCAAGGAAGUGAUUGAGGCUAUCGCAGAGUGUGCCUUUAAGACUUCACCUUUCCCAAUCAUCCUGUCUUUUGAGAACCAUGUGGACUCACCAAAGCAGCAGGCAAAGAUGGCAGAGUACUGCCGGUCAAUAUUUGGAGACGCAUUACUGACAGACCCUCUGGAGAAAUAUCCCCUGGAGUCCAAUGUGCCACUACCUAGUCCAAUGGAGCUGAUGGGAAAGAUCCUGGUGAAAAACAAAAAGAAACACCACAAGACAGACGGAAGCACCAAGAAAAAGCUUUCAGAGCAGGUGUCCAACACCUACAGUGAUUCCUCCAGCGUUUGUGAGCCAUCCUCACCUAGUGCAGGUUCAACCAAAGAGGAGAUGGCUGAUUCUUCACUGCCCUCUGAGGGUCCUGAGCUCAGCCUGAGGCCACAGGGCAGGAAGUCAAUUGGUGAGGUGGAGGCCGAAAGCGAUGAUGACGACGAUGACGAUGAUGAUUGUAAAAAGGGCUCAAUGGAUGAGGGCACGGCAGGCAGUGAAGCGUUUGCUACGGAAGAAAUGUCCAACCUGGUCAUCUACAUCCAACCUGUCAAGUUUAACAGCUUCGAGGCUUCCAAAAAGAUCAACCGCAGCUACCAGAUGUCAUCGUUUGUAGAGACGAAAGCUUUGGAGCAACUGACCAAAUCUCCCGUGGAGUUUGUGGAAUACAACAAGCUCCAGCUCAGUAGGAUUUACCCUAAAGGCACUCGAGUGGAUUCAUCAAACUACAACCCUCAACUCUUCUGGAAUGCUGGCUGCCAACUGGUAGCUCUCAACUUCCAGACCAUUGAUUUAUCAAUGCAGUUGAACCUGGGCAUGUAUGAGUAUAAUGGUAAAUGUGGCUAUAGAUUGAAACCAGAGUUUAUGAGACGACCCGAUAAGCACUUUGACCCUUUCGCUGAGAGCACAGUGGAUGGGAUAGUCGCCAACACUCUGUCAGUCAAGAUCAUCUCAGGUCAGUUCCUGUCGGAUAAGAAAGUAGGCACGUACGUAGAGAUUGACAUGUUUGGCCUUCCAGUAGACACCAAGAGGAAAGCGUUCAAGACCAAAACAUCUCAGGGCAAUGCCAUCAACCCUGUAUGGGAGGAAGAGGCCAUUGUUUUUAAGAAGGUCGUCCUGCCUACACUUGCUUCUUUGAGAAUAGCAGUGUUUGAAGAGGGAGGGAAGUUCAUUGGCCACCGCAUCAUUCCUGUGUCAGCCAUCCGUCCAGGCUACCACUAUAUCACUCUGAGAAAUGAGAAGAACCAGUCGCUGACAUUGCCUGCUCUAUUUGUUUAUGUGGAAGUAAAGGACUACGUCCCUGACACAUUUGCAGAUGUCAUUGAAGCCUUGUCAAAUCCCAUUCGUUAUGUCAACCUAAUGGAGCAAAGAGCCAAUCAGCUGGCUGCUCUCACUUUGGAGGAGGGAGGCGAGGAGGAAGGGGACAAAGAGGUGGAGGCAGGAAGCGACGCCCCCUCAGAAUCUAAAGUGGAUCAGAGGGCAGCGUUGCCCGCAGAGAAUGGACUGAGCCACACACCUGUUAUCGCCCCAAAACCCCCUUCGCUAGUCGGGCCCCAACCUCAGUCUGCAGGUUCAUUGAAGCCAUCAGUGAAGACCGAAGACAUCAUACAAAGUGUCCUCACUGAACUGGAGGCUCACACAGUGGAGGAGUUGAAACAACAGAAGGGUUUUGUUCGGGAGCAGCGAAAACAGUACAAGGAGAUGAAGGAGCUGGUUCGGAAACACCACCGCAAGACUAGUGAGCUGAUCAAGGAACACACAGCUCGGGUAUCUGAGUUGCAGAGCCAGCAUCAGCGCAGACGAUCUGCACUGCAGAAGAGUCACAAACGAGAUGGUAAGAAAAGUCGAUCUGAACAUUCACUGUCAAAGCUGGAUCAAGACUUGUUUGAGCUGGACCAGGAAUGCAGCCAGAAACUGUCAGAACUGAAGGAGCAGCAGCAGCAGCAACUCCUUACUCUUCGCCAGGAGCAAUACUAUAGUGAAAAAUACCAGAAACGAGAGCACAUAAAGCAGCUGGUUGAGAAGCUGACAAGUAUAGCAGAAGAAUGCCAGAGUGCUCAGCUCAAAAAACUCAAGGACAUCUGCGAAAAAGAAAAGAGGGACCUAAAGAAGAAAAUGGAUAAGAAAAGACAAGAGAAGAUGAAUGAAGCUAAAUCUAAAGACAAGAAUGUGACAGAGGAAGAGAAGUUGGAGAUCAACAGAUCAUUUGUCAACGAGGUGGUUCAGUACAUCAAACGGCUGGAAGAUGCACAGAGUAAACGACAUGAGAGACUACUGGAGAAGCAGAAGGACAUUCGGCAGCAAAUCUUGGAUGAAAGGCCAAAGCUCCAGAGUGAUUUGGACCAGGAGUACCAGGACAAGUUUCGACGGCUACCCAUGGAGAUCCAAGAGUUUGUUCAGGAUAGCAGCAAGACCAAGCUCACCGAUGACUUUGUCCAUGGAAACCUUGUUUCCUCCUCAACAGCUGAGAAGCUCAACCACAAGGCGUCCCAGUCUGAGGACGACACGGAGGAGGGCUCCUCAGAACGAGUGUACGAUACAGCUCUUUAAGGAUUUAACCUUUGCUUCACACUCUGGUGAACGCGGCUGUGACCAGAGGUCUAGGAUGAGAUUUUCCCAACUAUGGUCCAAAUUGUAUCCGAUGGGAGAAUUGGUCCCAAAUCUAAGUCGGUGAGUAGAGCCCCUCUCUGCGUAGAGUGGUGUCUGUCCAGAGAACUGUUUAAUGUAAAUAGUACUUUUUGUGUAUUUGUAUGUUACCUGUAUGUUGUCGUCUCUUUCGGUACGGCCACAGGAUGUGUGACACAACACUAACCAUUUGCAGGAAAUAACUUACUUGAACUAUUGCACAUAGAGUAUUUUCUUUUUAUUAUUUUUGUUAUCAUGAUGUUGUGUUUAAAGAGAUGUGUUGUGCCAAGGUUUGAAUAGUCUUACAGUGGAUUUUCAGUCAACUUACACUGUAGAAAAUGUUUUAUAUUCAACCUUUUAAAGCUUCCAUCUUUAUACAUUUGAAUUCACCAUUAUAUGUUUGCACUGAAGACUCACCAAACAUAACUAUGUAACCUUUAUUUUAACCCAGAAGCACUGGUGGCUUCUGGGUUCCCCAUUUGUUCUCACAGAACUAAGCUUAUGUUUUGCUGCUAUAUUUUUUAAACCCCUCAUUUUAACCAUAUAAUAAGAUAUUGUGCUGUCUCAUGUUUUCCAUCUGUCUUUGUUUUGGCCAGUUUUUUAACACACCUGCAUUGUUUGUUGGGCAACUGUGUGGAGAGGAAGAGAGCAGAAAGUUGUUUUUUUGUACAGUGUCUGCAUGUAUAUCGAACAACUGUAAAUGUUACAGUCGCUGGUUAGCAGAGAUGUUUAAUUGAUGUUACUUUUGCUCUCCUCGGUUCAUUUGGACUAAACCUGCUAAACAGUUGACGCAUUGUGGCUUGAUACAUCACUGUGGAAUAAGUAACAACACACCAUGUGUUUUAGAUCCAAUAGUAGCCUUAUCGAGUGAACAGGUUGCUCAUUGUACUCUUUACCUUUGCCCCUUGAAUUCAAACAUUUAAACCAGGACAUUCAAACAAAAGAGGAUCCUGUUGUAGUUUAUGAAAGUGCCCUUCCUCUUAACUGGUUCACUGUGCACCUACAGGGGAACAUGAAUACAGUUCCAGUAAGAGCAGAGGCCAGAGACCACAGAAGACUGGGUUUCUAUGGCAUUAUUCCUAAUUUGCACCCGUUGCUAGAAGCUUCAUUUUGAAAUUAGGAAACUGUGCCUAAAUAGUUAUGUUGUAACUACCAAAAAUGCUCAGUUUCCAGCUUUCUGACAGCAGCGUCGACUGAACAUCUCCUCUUUGACACGUCAAAUGUGGCCAUUCUGUAAAUGUAAGGAAGUUUUAGUUUUUUUUUUACUUCCCAAUCGAUCGAUGCCAUUUAACUCAUAAGUGCAUCAUCUGAUAUCAAGUCCAAGUUCAGAUGAUUUUCCUAAAAAUAAAGAAUUGAAAGUAGGUUGCCUGACAUCUCAGAACGUUUGAAAAAGAUGACAUUGCUGUGAGAGUUCUGUGCCUUUGAAUGAGUUUGCCAUGUUUGAUGUUGAAUGUGUGAAUUACACCACUGUUUAAAUUGCCAUUGUAUUAUAUUAUAUGAAGCUAUCUGGUAUUGAAUAGACCGUGUGCACUUUUUAGAACAGUACCACUACUGAGUAACACUGAGCUUGUGAAGAGCAGUAUUUGAUAAAUGUCUCAUAAGAAAAGAGAGAGAUUUUUUCUUUUGUCUUGAGCCACAUUAUUUAACAGCCCCUCUCUCCUCAACUUAAGUGUAUGCACUCUGGAAAUGUAAAUGUAUGAUCGACAUGAAGGAUAAAAUAUGACGACGUGAAAAAAGAAAUACUGUAAAGGGAUUUUGCUUGUAACUGAAAUAAAUGUGGCUAUUAUUGUACUUUGCUGGA